AUACCUCCAGUCUUGUUAUCCCGAUCCCACUGGCACCGCUUCUGUUCCUGGAGUUUUCCUGGGACCAAUUUUGUUUUGUCCAACUUCAACAUGAAGCUGUUCAUCGGGGCACUGAUUCUGUGCUUAUCUCUGAGUCAAGGGAAAUGCACUGAAGAAACCAUGCAGGAUAACGUCAUCCCUCCUUCUCCAUUGCCGGAGGAAAGCUCCUAUUCCGACUGGGGAAUUGGGACCAUCCGAGAUAGCAUUGACGCUGUUAAUGGCUAUUUUGACUUUGUCUCAGAGCUGUUAGGAGGGAAGAAUGGAGUCUGUCAAUACAGGUGCAGAUAUGGUAAAGCACCAUUGCCUAGACCAAAUUAUAAAUCUCCAGAACCCAAUGGCUGUAGCUCCCAUUUCCUGGGUCUCAAGGUACCAGAAAGUCUUGACAUGGGCAUCCCAGCCAUGACUAAAUGCUGUAACCAGCUGGAUGCAUGUUAUGAUACCUGUGGGUCUAAUAAAUAUCGCUGCGAUGCCAAGUUUCGUUGGUGCCUGCAGUCCAUCUGCUCUGACCUUAAACGUAGCCUUGGUUUUGUCUCCAAGGUAGAAGCAUGUGAGUCAAUAGCCGAUACAAUAUUUCAAACAGUCCGGACUCUGGGUUGCCGUCCAUUCAUGAACAGCCAAAGAGGUGCCUGCAUCUGUAAUGAAGAAGAACGAGAUGAAUUGUGAAAAUGACCAUCAAGCUGUUUGGUAGUGUGACAACGGUGGCUUCUGGUGUCUUUUGUUUACAAGAGGCUUGAUCUUCUAUCUUCUGGAACAAGCACAAAUAUCUUAACUUUGGGGCUUGGGAAUCAAUCCCAAGCCUUGUGACCACCCAUGCAUUAAUUGUCAAGUGAGCAUGAUUGAGAAAGGAAUCCCAAAAAGCAAUGGAAAGGCUUAGUCUGAUACCCUCAUCUGUUCUAUCUAAUGACUUCUAUCUACUUCCCACAACAUCUGCUUGACUUAGAGAUGAUUCGUCAUGUAAGUAGAGCAGCUGAGAUGCACGUGAGCAAUCCAGGCAUCAAAGAAGAUCUAGAGCAGGGGUCGGCAACCUUAAACACUCAAAGAACCACAAAGGUCCUAACCAGAAGCCUCCGUUCAAUUCUGGAGCUGACCGGAAGUUCAGUUCCCCCACCAUAGAGUCUCCUCCUAACGCAGCAUCCUUUUUCCUCUACCUGUCCUAACCAAAAGCCCUAUCAAUUGUGGAGCCGACCAGCAACAGGGAGCCGCAGCAGAGGGAUGAAAGAGCCACAUGCGGCUCCAGAGCUGCAGGUUGCUGACCCCUGAUCUAGAGGCUGCAAGAUGAUAUUGACAAUAUACACCUUUGCAACCCACAUGUAUGUGAUCAGCCCAUGGCUUUCCUCACAUGCUGUCACUUUUGCUUUUCAAGUGAUACAAAGUCAUGGAAACCUUACAUUGUUGUAAAAAAAAAAAAGAAGAAGCUCAUCAAUAUUGACUGGAUUAACCCAUUAGAGAACUCCGUUUGCGUUGUGGGCAUCUGCUUGAAGACAAAUGAGAGAAAAACACCAAGAUCGGAAUAUGAAGUCACUGCACAAUGCUCAUUUUAUUUUCACUAGAUCAUCGUUCCAUUAAAAGAGUAAAAAACACGAAUCAUCUUAUAAUAAGAAAAAGGUAUAGAUGGUACAUGAUGGUAAGAAAAAUAUAAAAUGCAGAGCAUUUCAAACUUUUAUUAAAUAACAUACAUAGCUUAAAAUAAUGUCAGAGAUUGGAAGGAACUUACUUCUAUCUACAUAGAAUUAACUAGUAUUCUACAACUUAAAGUGACAUAACUAUAUAUCGUUCAUACACGUAAAACUCUUGGGGAUCUCCUGAUUCUUUUUCUAUACCCUCCUCUUUAAAAUUGAAGCAUUCUGGUAGAUUACCCAUUGCUCUCUAAAGAAAGAAAACUAUUUUUUUUCCUCUGAACACAGGCUAAUGGAAUUAAACCUCCUUCUGACUGAGA